AUGGCUCCAGGAAGUAAAAAGAAGGGGAAAAAACUACCUUCUGGACCUGUUGCCGACAAGCCUUGUCAUAACUGUCGACGUCGAAGACUUCGCUGUGAUCGUCAACUCCCCCACUGCGCAAAGUGCGACGCAAAAGGCGUUGAGUGCCUGGGCUAUUCUCAGAUCUUUCAGUGGACGGGUGCUGUUGCUUCAAGGGGAAGACUCGCUGGUCAGCAGUCCAGCGCUGCCUUGUACUCCCCAGCACGUCCUUCUACUGCCCGCUCGAGAGCAUCGUUAUCUUCUGUCUCUUCCCUCUCAUCAAAUUCACCUGCAUCUACUUCAUCCGCCUCAUCCGUCGCUUCGCCAUCCGUUCCUUCAUCUUCACCCGCCUUUAUUGCCCCAAGCCUUUCUCAAGUCGAGGAGGUCACAGAAACGUCAGAAGCCGAGUCUGGAUCGGAAAUAGACCUGUUCAAUGACAUCGAUAACAACGUCGACGAUGAAAACGACGAUGAAGAUGAUGCUGCGACCCCCCUAGCGAGUGGUGACACACAACUCGUCUGUACCACCAUCCACAACCAGAACCAUCCCCUGGCAUCGGAAACGUCGACGCCGUGGGUGCUCGUCGAUCCCUUGUACCAAGACAUUACGAGCAACCACAGACAGUAUCUCGCUUAUUCCUACGACGUGCCCGACAACCCCUUUCGAAAUCUACUCAAAUUCACUCAGGCCCACCCUCUGCUACGUCAGGUCAUCAUCGCCGCCUCGGCAACGCACAUGUACAACCGCUCUCGCCCGUGGCUGUCCUCGGACUCGCUAGAAAGAGGUCUUGGCCCGAGGAAUCUGCUCAUGGAUGCUCUCGAGGCUAAGCAUCAGGUAUUGCGCAUGUUGCCGUCUGCCCUGCAGAGUAUUGAGUCUAUUGGGGGUGACAUUGUCCUGGCCGCAAUUCUCUUCCUGAUCAAUGUAGAACUGAUAGAGUCUGGUAAACACAACUGGAAGGCUCACUUUGAUGGCGCUGGGAAGAUCAUGAAGUUGCUUGGGCCUGUUUCUGAUGUGGACGAGAGCUUGAGGGACUACAUUGUAUCCGACUGCUUCAUAUAUUACAUUCUGGAGUCAACGUUUCGACCAACAGAUUCGGGCUCCCACUCAUAUUUUGAAUCAUGUCAAGCGCUACAGAUACUGGGCAAAACCACGAAUAGCUACUACUGUUGCCCACCACAACUCCUCGAAAUUAUGCUAAUAGCAGCUCGACUUUCCAACACAAAACCGGACGAUGUGGUCUCGGCUGACAUGGUCACUGCCGCUGGAGCAGCAUUACUAGACCGUGCUAGGAAUUUCGACGUUAUACCAUGGGCGCAAGAUAUCGACCUCAACACCAUCCCUCCUACCGAGCAAGACCCCGUGUUAAGUCGAUUUAGAGUCGCAACAUCCCAUCGUCUCGCCAUCUGUCUCUACAUUCUUCAUGCGAUACCCGCCGUGGGAGCUUGGGUCGGUGAAGAUCUCGCAGACACGAUAUUUUCCGAACUACAUCAAGUGCUGAGCAUUAUUCCCGACGACGAUACGAACUUCAAGGCUACGACAUGGGUUACGUUUGUGUUUGGUGCGUGUGCCAGGACACCGGAGAUGAAGGACUGGGUUACUGUUCAGAUCAAGAAGCUUAUGCUUGAGUCACCUUGGGGAUUCUUAUAUGCAGCGAGAGAUGCUCUGCAGAUGUUAUGGAGCGUUCAGGCUGAAGGGAUGCCAAUGACGAGCUGGGUUCAGACGUUGAGGGAUCUACAUAUGGACUUUUUGAUUGUUUGA